AUGGCGGCCUCAGUCAAAGUGGCGGUGCGCGUCCGGCCGUUCAACUCCAGGGAGACGGGCAAGGACAGCAAGUGCAUCAUCCAGAUGAACGGGAACACCACCACCAUCCUCAACCCCAAGCAGCCCAAGGAGAACAAGAGCUUCAACUUCGACUACUCCUACUGGUCCCACACCACUCCGGAGGACUCCAACUUUGCGUCGCAGGUCCAGGUCUACAAAGACAUCGGGGAGGAGAUGUUGCUUCACGCCUUCGAGGGAUACAACGUCUGCAUCUUCGCCUACGGCCAGACGGGCGCCGGCAAGUCCUACACCAUGAUGGGCAAGCAGGACGUCAAGGACCAGCAAGGGAUCAUUCCCCUGCUCUGUGAGGACCUGUUCACCAAGUUCAACGACACCAACAUCGACAACAACAUGGCCUACUCUGUGGAGGUGAGCUACAUGGAGAUCUACUGCGAGCGCGUGCGUGACCUGCUGAACCCCAAGAACAAGGGCCACCUGCGGGUCCGCGAGCACCCUCUGAUGGGGCCCUACGUGGAGGACCUCUCCAAGCUGGCUGUCACCUCCUACAACGACAUCCAGGACCUCAUGGAAUCUGGGAACAAGGCCAGGACCGUGGCGGCGACCAACAUGAACGAGAGCAGCAGUCGUUCCCACGCCGUCUUCAACAUCAUCUUCACCCAGAAGCGCCGCAACGCAGACACCGACAACACCUCAGAGAAGGUGAGUAAGAUCAGCCUGGUGGAUCUGGCGGGCAGCGAGCGGGCCGACUCCACCGGCGCCAAGGGAACCAGACUCAAGGAAGGAGCAAACAUCAACAAGUCCCUCACCACCCUGGGAAAGGUGAUCUCCGCCCUGGCAGAAGUGGACUCUGGACCCAACAAGAACAAGAAGAAGAAGAAGGUGGAGAACCACAUCCCCUACAGAGACUCUGUGUUGACCUGGCUCCUACGAGAGAACCUGGGGGGUAACUCCCGGACGGCGAUGGUGGCCGCGCUGAGUCCUGCGGACAUCAACUACGAUGAGACUCUGAGCACCCUCAGGUACGCGGACCGGGCCAAGCAGAUCCGCUGCAACGCUGUGAUCAACGAGGACCCCAACAACCGGCUGGUGCGGGAGCUGAAGGACGAGGUGUCGCGGCUCCGAGACCUGCUGCUGGCCCAGGGCCUGGGGGACAUCAUUGAGAUGACCAGUAGCACGACGGGGAUGAGCCCCUCGCCCUCCCUGUCGGUGCUGUCCAGCCGGGCCGGCUCCAUCGCCAGCCUGCACGACCGCAUCAUGUUCACCCCCGGCAGCGAGGAGGCCAUCGAACGCCUCAAGGAAACCGAAAAGAUUAUUGCUGAACUCAACGAGACCUGGGAGGAGAAGCUCCGUCGCACUGAGGCCAUCCGGAUGGAGAGAGAGGCUCUGCUGGCGGAGAUGGGCGUGGCCAUGAGGGAAGACGGAGGUACCCUGGGCGUGUUCUCACCCAAGAAGACCCCUCAUCUGGUGAACCUGAACGAAGACCCCCUGAUGUCAGAGUGUCUCCUGUACUACAUCAAGGACGGCGUCACCAGGGUCGGCCGCGUGGACGCCAGCAGCCGCCAGGACAUCGUGCUGAGCGGACACUUCAUCAUGGACGAACACUGCACCUUCACCAGCUCCACAGGCCCCACUGGAGAGGCCGUGGUGUUGGAGCCCUGCGAGGAUGCGGAGACGUACGUCAACGGGAAGAGGGUGACCGAGGCCACCGUCCUGAAGUCAGGGAACCGCAUCAUCCUGGGGAAGAGCCACGUCUUCCGCUUCAACCACCCAGAGCAGGCCCGCGCCGAGAGGGAGCGGACGCCCUGCGCCGAGACCCCCGUGGAGCCCGUGGACUGGGCCUUCGCCCAGAGGGAGCUGCUGGACAAGCAGGGCAUCGACAUGAAGCACGAGAUGGACCAGAGGCUGCAGGAGCUGGAGGAACUCUACCGUAAAGAACGGGAGGAGGCCAACCACCUUCUGGAGCAGCAGCGGCUGGAGUACGAGAGCAAGCUGGAGGCGCUUCAGAAGCAGGUGGACCGCUGCCUCCCCGACGCCACAGAGGAAGAGGAGGAGCCAGAGGAAGAAGUCCAGUGGACGGCGAAGGAGACGGAGCUGGCCGUGUGGGGCUUCCGCAAGUGGCGGUCGUACCAGUUCACCUCCCUGAGGGACCUGCUGUGGGGAAACGCCAUCUUCCUGAAGGAGGCCAACGCCAUCAGCGUGGAGCUCAAGAAGAAGGUCCAGUUCCAGUUUGUCCUGCUGACGGACACGCUGUACUCCCCGCUGCCCCAAGACCUGCUGCCCCCCGAGACCGAGAAGGACCGCGAGGCGAGGCACUUCCCCCGCACCAUCGUGGCCGUCGAGGUGCAGGACCAGAAGAACGGGGCGACCCACUACUGGACCCUGGAGAAGCUCAGACAGAGGCUGGACCUGAUGAGGGAGAUGUACGACCGCGCCGCCGAGGUGCCCAGCAGCAACGCGGUCGAGGACAGUGAGAGCGUGAUGACCGGAGGAGACCCGUUCUACGACCGCUUCCCCUGGUUCCGUCUGGUCGGCAGGUCCUUCGUCUACCUGAGUAACCUUCUGUACCCAGUGCCUCUGGUGCAUCGCGUUGCCGUGGUGAAUGAGAAGGGCGAGGUGAAGGGUUUCCUGCGCGUGGCGGUGCAGGCCAUAUCAGGCGACGAGGAGGCUCCAGACUACGGCUCAGGAGUACGCCAGUCAGGGACCGCCAAGAUCACCUUCGAUGACCACCAGUUUGAGAAGUUCCAGUCUGAAUCCGGUCCGGGUGUUCCGCUGGUUCCGCUGGGGGGCGUGUCCCGGGCAGGGGGCGUGUCCCAAGAGGAGCUGCGCUUCGUGGAGGGGGAGGGGCAGAGUGCAGAGACAGCGCCCUCUGCUGACGAGGUCAACAACAACACAGCUGGGUCUGAUGAGGCGGACGCUCCGGCCAAGCCCCCCCUGGACGCCCCUCUGGGGGGCGCUCUAGAGCACCUGAAGAUCGGCAGCCUGUUCACCUUCAGGGUCACCGUGCUGCAGGCCUACAGCAUCUCGGCCGAGUACGCAGACAUCUUCUGCCAGUUCAACUUCAUCCACCGCCAUGACGAGGCGUUCUCCACGGAGCCCCUGAAGAACACCGGGCGUGGUCCCCCGCUCGGGUUCUACCACGUACAGAACAUCGCGGUGGAGGUGACCAAGUCGUUCGUGGAGUACAUCCGGACGCAGCCCAUCGUGUUCGAGGUGUUCGGUCACUACCAGAAGCAGCCCUUCCCCCCGCUCUGCAAGGACGUCAUCAGCCCGCUGCGUCCGUGCAGGAGACACUUCCCCAGAGUCAUGCCCCUCUCCAAACCUGUCCCUGCCACCAAGCUGACAGCCAUGACGCGUCCCAGUGCCGGAGCCUGCCACUGUAAAUACGACCUGAUGGUUCUGUUUGAGAUCUGUGAGCUGGAGGCUAACGGAGACUACAUCCCAGCGGCGGUGGACCACAGGGGGGGCAUGCCAUGUCACGGCACCUACCUGCUGCACCAGGGCCUCCAGAGGAGGGUCACAGUCACCAUCGUCCACGAGUCCGGGGGCGACAUCGAGUGGAAGGACGUCCGGGAGCUGGUCGUGGGUCGCCUGCGUAACACCCCCGAGGCGGACGAGACCAUCAUCGACCCCAACAUCCUGUCGCUCAACAUCCUGUCGGCCGGCUACGUCAGGCCCACGCAGGACGACAGACAGUUUCUUGAUUCGGACAUGCCUAGGACCUUCUACCGGUUCGAGGCGGCCUGGGACAGCUCCAUGCACAACUCCCUGCUGCUGAACCGCGUCACGCCCUACGGGGAGAAGAUCUACAUGACCCUCUCAGCCUACCUGGAGAUGGAGAACUGUACCCUGCCCACGGCCAUCACCAAGGACGUGUGCAUGGUGUUCUACUCCCGGGACACCAAGGUGCCGGCCGCCCACACCAUCCGCACGCUGUUCGGCACGGGCAGCCUGCGGGCCACCGAGGGCAACCGUGUUACGGGCGUGUACGAGGUCAGCCUGUGUCACCUGGCGGACGCCGGCAGCCCAGGUAUGCAGCGGCGGCGGCGGCGUGUUCUGGACACGUCGGUGGCGUACGUCCGCGGCGAGGAGAACCUGGCGGGCUGGCGGCCGCGCAGCGACAGCCUCAUCCUGGAGCACCAAUGGGAGCUGGAGAAACUCAGCCUGCUGCAGGAGGUGGAGAAGACCCGCCACUUCCUUCUCCUCAGGGCCAAGCUGGAGUCCACCCUCCUGCUGGGCCUGGAGCCGCUGGCCAGCGUCACCGAGGAGGAGGAGGAGGAGGUGGAGGUGGCUCCUCCCAAGCCCCCUCAGGCCGACCGCGACCUGGACCCCCCCGACGCAGACUUCCACAGCGAGAGGCAGAGGGAGCUAGCCGCUAAGUGUCUGCGGCUGAUGACCCACUCCUUCAACAGAGAGUACAGCCAUGUGUGCGUCAGCGCGAGCGAGAGCAAGCUCUCCGAGAUGUCCGUCACCAUGCUGAGAGACUCCGCCUCCAGCUCCGCCCUCAACACCAUCACCCCGUCCACCACCUGCCCCUCCCUGGUCGAGGGCUCCUACACAGACCUCAGGCCCCCCUCGGCGCGCUCCCGGGCCCCCAGCCCGAGCCGCGAGGCCCAGCAGAACGGCGGAGAGAAGAAGACCGCGCCCCCCCGCAUCCGGAGGUUCGUCCCGGACAUCCAGGAGAUACGAGUCAGCCCCAUUGUGUCUAAGAAGGGCUACCUCCACUUCCUGGAGCCCAACACCAGCGGCUGGGUGAAGCGCUACGUGGUGGUGCGCCGGCCCUACGUCUACAUCUACAACACGGAGCGGGACUCGGUGGAGCGUGCCAUCCUCAACCUGUCCUCCGCCCAGGUGGAGUACAGCGAGGACCAGCAGGCCAUGCUCAAGACCCCCAACACGUUCGCAGUGUGCACGGAGCACCGGGGGAUUCUCCUCCAGGCCAACAGCGACAAGGAGAUGCACGACUGGCUGUAUGCCUUCAACCCCCUGCUGGCCGGGACCAUCAGGUCGAAGCUGUCCCGGAGAAGAGCAGGACCACUGAGGAUGUGAGGAGACUCAGGUCCCCACGGAACACAAAGACUGACCCUGUAGAAAGAUCUCACCCCACCUCCUCCUCCUCCUCACCUCCUCCUACACCACCACCACCGUCACCAACAACACCCGCACAUGCUCAGUUCCUUACCUGCCUUCUCAAGACCCUGAACCCCCGACCCCAUGACCCCUUGACCCCGUGUUUGUCAAGCCUUUUGCUGCUGCUGUUGUGUCGUUCUCUGGGUUGAGCUGACCUCCGUUCAAGGACCAAGGUACCAUUUCGCGGUUCGAUGUACGCUACGAUGUAUGCUACAGCAUCGCGGUACGGUGUACGCUACGAUGUACGCUACGAUGUACGCUGCAAUAUCGAGGUACAAUCUACGGUACAAUCUACGCUAUGAUCUAUGCUACGAUGUACGCAACAAUAUCACAGUACGAUGUAAGCUACGAUAUCGCGGUGCGAUGUACGCUACGAUUUCGCUGUACGAUGUACCCUACGAUAUCGCGGUACGAUGUAAGCUAUGAUAUGGCCGUAAGAUGUUAGCUACGAUAUCGCAGUACGACGCCGCGGUAGCGUGUGGUAGCGUGCGUCAGCGUGCCUUAGCGUGCGGUAUGGUAUGGCAUGUGCGGUGCCGCGAGGCAGCAGUUUGUCGUGUAAGGUUCCUUGCGUGUGGUGAUUGUAGUUGUUGUCCGCGACACUCUGAGCUUAACUUGUUCCUUCCUCUGAAAACAAAACAAAACAAAAAAAAAGCAGCAGCGAUUGUAUCCAUUACUUACGGCUGCCAUGGCGAUAAGAAUCACUUCAUUUGCAUAUCAACCGACGAUAAAAGUACGAAAUACUAAAAAAGUUCGGAUUCUUCUCCAUUAUGCUAGAACUACGGUAUAUACAGUGUUCAAACUGGUUUGCAUUAAAACAAAAUACUACAUUAUAGGGUUACUGAUAGAAAAAAAAAUACAUAUAUACAACACAGCUGAAUUUAUGACUUUAAAACUUUGUGUUUGACUUCGGGUUCAAAUGUGGGAUUGGAUAAUGUCCUAGUGUCAGAAGCCCUCCGUAAACUUGACCUCUGACCUCAGAUGUUGAGUGAGUUACAGGAGGUUACAGAAUGUUUUUGGUGAAACUGGAAGAAGCUUCUUCUCCGCUGUUCAUCCCUCAGUGGAAAAUCAUCAGAUUAAUCUCAAUACCUACCCCCCCCCCCUCUUUAUUCAUCAAUCUUAAAAUGUGAUAUAUUUAGGUAUCUUAACAGGUCUUAUUAUUUAUUUCUGCAUGUAUUUAUUUAUAAAAGGCAUUUAUAUUUCUAAAGUUGUAGUAACGUGCAAUUUCUGCACCCCGCACUUUUUAACAUGAGUUUAUUAAUCAUUAACACCCUCACCUCAUCCCCGACGCAUUUUAACCUCUUGAUCCACGCCAUGAGGAACACAGAAUUAUGCCCUCUGUCUUUGUGCUGAGAAUAACUUGAAUAUCAGACGCUCGCUGAAGACCCAGUCGAAGACGUGUUGCGACUAACGAGAGGACGUGUUCGUAGGUCAACUCCAGCGUAGAGAAACGUACCAAGCCUGUUCUGUGCGCUCUUAGGUGGUAGCCUACAGCCGGGGCUGCUGGGUAAUUUGAAUAGACGAUCAACGUAGUGCCUCUCUCUCUCUCUCCAACGUUGAAUCUCUUUCUACUCCAUCCUGCUCCUUAAUGUGGAUCAAACAGCUGUAGUCAGACUUGUGUUGAAUGGUUUCAUGAGUAUGUUUAUCAUGUGAGAGAUAUAGACACACUACUACUAUUUAUCGAUAUAUCAAUUCAUAUCGACAUGCAAAGAAAACACCAACUGAAUAGACCCCACAAUUUGGCCGAAGGGGAAUCUGUCCUCUAAAAGUGGAAGUUAAAAAGACAAAUUUAAUUAAUCUGUUAAAAAAAUGUGCGACGUUUUCAAUUUCUAAUUCCAUUGACGUUCAUCGCAUCACCACUCAGCCACCAGCCUGUCUCCUAUGCACUUUAGCAACGUCUCCGCAGUAGAAAUGUCAACUCAAGGCCUUUAAAUCACAACCUCCACCCGUGACUUCACCAUCCACCCUCGUACGUCCGGACGCGGAGCUGGAAGUAUCACAGUGGUCCUAGCGGCGAUUACUACGUCAAAAAAAACAUCCAAACCGUUGUGACGCUGUACCUCUCUGUGUAGAACACAUUUGGAAAUAGGACUACCGUAUGUUAGGUUUGAGGCGUUUCCAGACGGAGAGUUCUGGGUUUGAUCCCCAAUGUCCUCACUCGACCUGUAGGCAUCCCUGUGCACGAUGACCCCUGACCCCUACCUGCUCCCUAAUGACAUGUAUCUGGAUUCACUGUCAGCCAUUCUGGAUGAGAACGUCUCGUAGGCGACUAGUGAGCUAGGCGUUGAUACUUUCCAUGUCUUAAGAAGAAGUGAAUCAAAAGGCCCACCUGUGAUCUUGAUUCUCCUGUGUGAGGCACACCUUAAAUAUAGUCUGCUUACUGCCGCACACAUCUCUAGACCAGAGAGUACUUUAGUUCUCCUGCCACUCAACCUUCUGUUAUGAUUACUGCUGCUCAGUGCUACCUCCUCUGACGAGGAAAACGUGUGUUUAUGCUUCUUUGAUAUCUGAUACAGCGAUCGGGACGUCUAAAUGAUAUCCAAAUGACAUUCCAUUCUGUUCAUAUCACGGUCAGAGUCCUACCAGUUGAAAUGAAAAGCAAGAUCAAAAACGGGCAUUCAUUUUGUUUUUGUUUUAAAAAUAUCCAACACUUGACAGUUUUGAAAUACACUGAAUUCAUUGUUAAACAUUUGGUUUAUUAUUUGAACCACGGGAAUAAAUCCACUAGAUAGACCCAGUGUGUGGAUGCCACAUGGCUAAGUGCCGAUCGGUUGUCCUUUAGUGUCUUGUGCUUUUGUGUUUUUACUUUAUCCCCAAAGAUCCCCCCCCAUUGUGUCAGCCAUCUUGUUCUAGGUACAUCACUGAAUUUUCACACUGAAUGUAAAUCACUAUUUAACAAGGAACUCACUGCGUCCGUAUCGCAGUGUUUUCCUCCUGGUUUCCUGACGAUUGUAGGAGUGUGUGUGUGUGUGUGUGUGUGUGUGUGUGUGUGUGUGUGUGUGUGUGUGUGUGUGUGUGUGUGUGUGUGUGUGUGUGUGUGUGUGUGUGUGUGUGUGUGAG